AAUAAAAAAAGAAGAAAAUACAGGAUGAAGGAAACAGAGAGAGUUGACUUUUUGUAGCGAGCCAAAGACUCUUCUCCUGGGUCUUUUUUGGCUUUCUAAAUACGCGGAAUUCCAGAAUUUCCACGAUCUCUCCCUAAAGCCUGCAAUACUCAUAAUUUUUCAAUUCUCCUUCUCCAAAAAUUAUCUUGUCAAAUUCAUUUUUAUUAUUGGAAUCCCAUUCCAAUUCUAGUUAUAAUAAUGGGCACUCCACAAUUCCCAGAUCUAGGAAAACAUUGCUCAGUUGAAGAUUGCAAGCAGAUCGAUUUCUUGCCUUUCACUUGUGAUCGUUGCCGCCAGGUAUUUUGCUUGGAGCAUAGAAGUUAUAUUAAACACAGUUGCCCAAAAGCUGAUAGCAACGGUGUCAUUGUUGUCAUCUGUCCAUUAUGUGCGAAGGGAGUUCGCCUAAACCCUGAUGAAGACCCAAACAUUUCUUGGGAAGUGCAUGUUAAUACUGACUGUGACCCUUCAAAUUAUGAUAAAGUUACAAAGAAGAGAAAAUGCCCUGUCCGGGGUUGCAGGGAGCUCCUUACAUUCUCAAACACAAUCAAGUGCCGGGAUUGCACGCUGGACCAUUGCCUGAAACACCGGUUUGGACCAGAUCACAAUUGUCCUGGACCAAAGAAGCCUGAUGUGAGCUUUCCUUUUAUGGGUCUCUUGAAUAGGAGUAAGAAGGAAGAGUCAAAACCCAAUCGAGCUACAGCUGUGUCUUCGUCCAAGUGGACCACUAACUUUCUAAGUGCUGCUUCAACUGUUCGAGCCUCAGCCGAAGCAAGCAUGGCGAAAUUGAGCAGUGAGAUCAGCCAGGUUUGGCAGACUGCAACAAAUAGUGCGAGCCCAAGCAGCAGCAAUGGAAGUGGAGGAAUUGGGCCAGAGGAGUGUCCGCAGUGUGGUACGAGGUUUUCCUCAGUCACAAAUCUGAUAGAUCACGUGCAGAAGGUCCAUGAAAAGGGUGGAAAUCAAUCUCGUGUCUUACAACUGCCAAUGGAGGUAUGCCCAAAGUGUAGUAAGGGUUUUCGUGAUCCAGUGGCUCUUGUGGAGCAUGUUGAGAGAGAUCAUAGAGGUACUUCCAAAGCCUAGAAAGGUUUGGCUGUCAAAACAGCGAAGUGUGCUUCCAGAGUAGUCAUUGUUUUUCUAUUUCUGAUCGCUUUCAUUAUUUUUUAAAGUCAGUACAGAAGCAAAUGUAACUUUUGAGCGUUGAGGCAAUUUGUAUGGUUUUAUACUGUCAGUGACUUUCACACAAAGGCCUUUUUGUUAAUGAUAGAAGGUGUCAGGCGAUUGAAUUCUUU